AUGCGACUAGACCGAAGGCCGAGGGGGAAACGAGGGGGAAACCAACAGGCCGAGGGGGAAACCAACAGAGACAGAGAUGACGGGGCCGUGACAGGAAGGGGGAACGCGCUCUGGUUCUCUACCGUUACUGCAAAGGACUCUGGGAAGUACACAUGCCACACAGGUGGUAUGGUGAUCCACGUCUAUGUGGAGGUGCUGGAGAGGGCCAGCCUGGGGUGCAGGGACACAGAGGAGAACAGAGUCACUCUGGUUCUGGGCAAAGGUGGCAGGAUCCCAUGCCCUGGGAUCAAAUGUCGGACACAGAGGUCAGAGGUCACAUGGUACAAGGAUGCCAGGCCUGUGUGUGAGAUACAGGAUAAGAGGACUAUCUCUGUGGUAGACAGGUAUACUCUUCUGCUGGGCACUGUCUAUGUGAGUGAUGCUACAGUGUAUUUCUGUGACUACACCUACGAAGAAAACGGGAUCCCCUGGACAGUCAGGAGAUCUGUUAACGUCUCGGUCAUACCCGCUGACACCAAAGACCCUCCACAGAUUACUUAUCCCCAUGGCAACGAGGAGGGCGUGGAGCUGGGGGAGCCUCAUAAUCUGAGCUGUCAGGUGCAUUUUGGGUUCCAGAGGACCUUUGACCCAGUGGUCCAGUGGUGGAUCAGUUCCCAUAGCAACCAUGAAGGCAUGAGGAAACUGAUGGAGAUGGAAGCACAGCAGGUGUGGGAAAGGAGUAUUGAAGAGUUUGAGUUCACGGUCACCAGGACAGCUCAAAUCCCGGAGGUGACCCAGCUACACCUGGACUCCACCUUCACCUGUCUGGCCCAGAACUCUGUAGGCAACAGCAGCGCCACCAUCAGGCUGACAAGGAAAUCUGCAGUUUCCCGUGUGCUGGUGAUAGUGUGUCCGGUGGUGUCUCUGCUGUUUGUAGCUGGGAUGGGCAUUACAGUGCACGUCUACUGGCUAGAGAUCUCUAUUCUCUACAGAAUCUACCUCCCAUACAAACAGACCACCACAGAUGACAAGGAAUAUGAUGCCUUUGUGUCCUACGUGCCCAGCUCUUCCUCUGAGGAGGCGGGGAGAGGAGGAAGAGAGGAGGCGCUGGAGGUGCUCCUGCCCAAGGUUCUGGAGGGGCAGUGGGGCUACCACCUCUUUCUGCUAGAGAGAGACCUGCUGCCGGGCGGAGCGUAUACAGAGGAUGUGGUGUGUGCGAUCCGCAGCAGCAGGCGACUGGUGUGUGUCCUGAGUCCUGACUACCUGGCCAGUACCUGUCUGUUUGAACUGGAGACAGGCAUCAGAGCCUUACAACAAGACCCACACUUCAGACUCAUCCUCAUCUGGACCAGCCCCAACCCCAGCACCACCAGCCCCAACCCCAGCACCACCAGCCCCAACCCUAGCACCACCAGCCCCAACCCCAACCCCAGCACCACCAGCCCCAGCACCAGUCCUAGCCCCACCAGCCCCAACCUCAUUCCUAGCCCCAGCACCACCAGCCCCAGCACCAGUCCUAGCCCCACCAGCCCCAGCCCCACCAGCCCCAGUCCUAGCCCCACCAGCCCCAACCUCAGUCCUAGCCCCAGCACCACCAGCAGGCCUCUAUCUCUACCCCUGUCUCACACCCUGGGCAUGGUGACUCCAGCCUCACCGAUGCCCCCACUAGUUCGGAGGGCCAUCAGAGUCCUGCCUGCUCUGCACUGGACCCCCCAGGACCAGGGAAGGAUGAUAACUAGCUCUGGAUCGCGGUUCUGGAGAUCCCUCCACAAGGCCAUGCCAGCCCAGAGUGGGACUGGGACAGACACACAGACACUGUUAGACAGACACACAGACACCCAGGACAGAGGGACUGUUUUGUAG